AUGACAUCGAGAGAAUCUGGUAGAGUUAAAGACGCGGAGAAAAGAAGAGUGUUAGACGAUGCAGCAAGGAAGCGGAGAGCUAGAAAAGCCAUUGAGGCACUUGAACAGGAUAAUUUUCAUGAGGAUCCACAUGCAGAUCUGGUUAUGUCGAAGAAAGUGCCAAAGUUUGCGGACUCCAAUGAAAAGCCGACAAGAAAGAAAAAAUCCAAGAGUGCUGAGUACUAUAAAAUGAGGUUUAGAAAAACAUUUGCUCAGUUAGUUGAAGAAGAUGCCAGUUUUAGACCUGAGCCACCCAAUUAUUUGUCGGCUCAAGUUCCACCUUCCAAAUUUCCUGAUCGCCAUUUUUGUGCUGUUUGUGGAUUUCCAUCAAACUAUACUUGUAUUCCUUGCGGAGCGCGAUAUUGCUGCGUGCGGUGUCUCGGCACACAUUUAGAUACGAGAUGUCUAAAAUGGACUGCUUAAAAAUACCUGUAUACAUAGCUCAAGGAUUCUUUCAAUAAAAUUAAUAUC